CCUAUCUUUAAACUCUCUAGAAUACCUUAUUCACUCUUCUCCCUAUAUCACUUCUCCAAACAUAAACACCAUGAUAAGUUCCAAGAAGCUCAUCAAGUUGGCUAAGAGAUGGCAGAAGUUUGUUGCCAUUAGAAGGAAGAGGAUUUCGUUUCCUGGGAACAACAAUGAUGCAGAAAGUUGCAGUGCGUCAUCUGCGAUUAGCAAAGGUCACUUUGCGAUCUACACAGCUGAUCAAAAGCGGUUUGUUGUUCCCCUUGUUUUUCUUGACAAUGAAAUCAUCAGACAACUUCUACUGAUAUCUGAAGAAGAAUUUGGUCUUCCAAGUGAUGGUCCUAUUACAUUGCCAUGUGAUGCAGUCUUCAUGGAGUACAUUAUUUCGGUUCUUAGCCAAGGCAUAGGCGUAGAACUCCAGAAUGCUUUGCUCACAUCAGUUACUUCAAAUCGGUGUUCCUCAACCUCAAUGCAUCAAGGAUGGAGAGAUCAGCAAUUUCUCGUCUGCUAACAUGGCUGUCAAACCUUUUUUUUUCUUUGAAAAAUGACUCAAACUUAGUUGUAAAUUAAUUCAUUGUGCAAUGCAGAAGAGCAUUAUAGUGUAAAUUUCGAAGAUUAAUUCAUUAUAGAGCUUUCAAAAUUUCCGGCA